AUUAUUUCUUUUGAUAUUGGGACUUUCAGUAUAUUUCAUAAAACGUAAUGAAAAUUGGACUUAACUUUGUAAUGGCCCUUGACAGAUUGACAACGACACAUUGCAUGACAGUCCGAGCUGACAUUGACGGUUACAGCUGUGAUAAGAAGUUAUCUCAGUUUAUCCAUAUUGAAUUUAAAAAUAAAGACAUAAAUUAUAAUAUUGCAAAUUAAUGUACAAAACUGUAAAAAUACUAUAUUUUUAUUUUACUAUAGGUAUUUAAAUGCAUUUUUGCAGUCACUAGGUGUAAAUAAGAUAGAUAUGAACAGUUAGCCGUCUUAUACUUAAUGCAGUGAUAAGCAGUGUAAGUAACCAAUCAACAGUGGCACACAUCGGAAUAUUUAUCAUUUGUAUACAUUUAAUCUCGCUCUCGCAGUCACGGAAAAUGUUCCAUCGAGCUAGCUGUUGCCCCUAUAUUUACUAUUCUCUUUGCUAACUACAAUCAUUUAAAAGAAACGUGAUACUGUUAUUGACUAAUUUCAUUUGGGUCAAUUAUUUCUUCACUACACUGAAUUAGAAGAGAGUUUUAAGCCAUACUUUUUGUUGGAGUUUUUGAAAUAAGACAAAAUGCCAUUGGACACCCCAACAGUUCUCUCCAUCCAAAGUCAUGUAGUACAUGGCUAUGUUGGCAACAAAAGUGCUACAUUUCCUCUUCAAGUUUUAGGUUUUGAGGUGGAUUCCAUAAAUACUGUUCAGUUCUCAACACACACAGGAUACAAACAUAUCAAAGGGAAUAUAUUAAAGAAUGAUGAAUUGGAGGAACUAGUUGAAGGUCUGCUCAUAAACGAGGUUGAUUAUUACACACACUUCCUAACUGGUUACUCAAGGUCACCAGACUCUUUGAAACAGAUUGCUGGCAUAAUUACAAAAUUGAAACAAAAGAAUCCCAACCUUAUCUAUGUAUGUGACCCAGUUAUGGGAGAUAAUGGGAAAAUGUAUGUCCCUGAAGAUAUAUUGCCAGUAUACCGAGAUGUGGUUGUCCCACUUGCUGAUAUCCUCACACCAAACCAGUUCGAAGCUGAGCUAAUUACAGGAGUGAAAGUAAAAAAUCUGGAUGACGCUCUGAAGGUCAUAGAUCUACUUCAUCAGAAAGGAGUCAAUACUGUAGUACUGUCAAGUACUGAUUUAGGAAAUGAUACUAGUAUGAUUGGCAUUGCAAGCACUAAAGAUACCUGCUAUAAAAUAGAAAUACCAAAGGUAGAUGCCACAUUUACGGGUACAGGGGAUCUGUUCGCAGCACUCUUUCUUGCUUGGUCGCACAAAACUAAAAAUAACGUUAAAGAAACACUUGAAAAGACUAUAGCUACACUACAAAGCAUUGUACAAAAUACAUACGAUAAAGCAAGGGCUAUACACCCAACUGGAAAAAUUCCACCAGCACUAAUUGAAUUGAGACUUGUGCAGAAUAAAAAUUCAAUUGAAAACCCCACAGUAAAUAUAAAUGCAGUUGAAAUUAAGAGAAAUUGAUUUAUAUAUAAAUUAAAUGAAAGACAAUAUUGAAAAGACAAUAAUGCUCAGAAUCAUUUGUUAUAUGUACCCAAUUAUUAUGCUACAUCAAUCAAGAAGCAAAAUUGACAAUAAAUGUAUUUAAAAAUAAGUCCAAUACAUAAUUAUAGAUUAUAUAAUUCCUAAUUAACAAUCUUGGGUUUUUUAAGGAAUUAGGGUUCUAUUUAUAUCUUUUUAUAUAAAUUGACUACCGUGCCAAGGUUGGGCUUAGUCAAUAUGUAAAAAAAUAAUUCACAGCAACCCAUUCUAAUGGGUGUCUAAUAAUAUUGUUACAAAUUUUAUAUACUGUUAAAACUCAGUAUCAUAAAUAGAAAAUUAGUGCUUGUACAAACGAAACGGAAUAGACCUAUUAGAAUUAAAAAUCAUUUAGAAAAAUCGAAUUUAAACCGUACUAAGAAAAUUAGCUAAUAGCGUUUUAUUUGCUACUAAUUUUAUGUGUAUAUAAUUUAAUAAUAAAAUUUACUUGUAUAUUUACCACACUUAAUCAAAGAUCAUAUGUAACAAAAUAUAUUUUAUGAUAGUAAUAUUAAUUUACAAAUAGUUCGUAUUUACAAAGUUAUUAGUCUACUACACAAAUAAGAUAAACGUGUUUAUACAUUAAUGGUAUGAAAGUACAUAGAUAACGAAGCAUGCAGGCUGUAACAGAACUAGUAUAUGAUUAUUGAAAUUAAAGUUCAAACACGAAAAAUAAAUAAAACCUUCCAUGUAGAGACAGGUUGAUUAAUUUAGAAUAAUUAUAACAAACUAUACUCGUAUUUUGAAAUAAAUGAUAAGUUUAAUCAAAUAGGGCCUUGAAUAGUAUUUCCACAUGUAUUGAUGUGAUUCUAUUUACAUUUGAUUUUGUAAUUCUCCAAAAAUUCUUUUAUUUUUUUUAUUUUAAUAUAUUAGUACAUAGUAUAUGUAUAAUGUUCAAAUACAUUACGUAGUAUUAAUGUAUUUGAACAUUGUAAUAGUUGUAUCAUAUUUGUUAACGAACAUUUAAUAAUCUAUGCUUGAUAAU